AUGGCGGCGACUUUCUGCUUCGGUCUUCGUUCGCUUAUGACCCACACUCGAACUAAAACAUUAAGGACUUCGAGGGUUACACAAGUGGCAUCUUUUUAUUCACGUCCGCCCAUGAAAUUGGGAAAAACCUUCAAGGAACAAAUGGAAGAAUUGAACAAAAAGGAUCCUAUAUUAAAUCCUGACAUCUACAUUGGCCUGCCAGUCUCAAUAAAGAAAAAAAUCUCAAAUAUGGAAAGAAAACUCUGGAAACAUGAUCGAAAACAAUUGGAACAAGAAUCACGUUUACAAAAAUUGAAUAUUCCAUUGGAGAAAGUCAAUGAGGAAUGGAAGAAAACAAACUGGAACAGAGACAUGCACACAAUUGCCAGACAUUAUGCCAUUUUCCGAGAUCUGUUUGAUAAUGCCACAUUUUAUCCCCAACCUUGUCUUCGUAUAUUUUAUGAUUAUGAUGAAGAGUUCCUCACUCCUGUUUAUAAUGGGAAUAAAAUCCUUCCUUCUGAGGCUGCUGUUCCUCCUUAUGUAAUGAUUGAUGUUUCUUCUGAAGAAAAAAACACUUUAUGGACACUUGUGCUGUUAUCACCUGAUGGACAUCUCCAAGAUAACACAUCAGAAUAUCUUCAUUGGUUUGUAGGAAAUAUUCCAGGUGGAGAAAUUGGAAAAGGAGAUGUGAUUUGUGACUAUUUGCAACCUUUUCCUGUAAAAGGCACAGGUUAUCACAGAUAUGUAUUCAUACUCUAUAAACAAGAGAAGAAAUUAGAUUUUAGCAAAGAAUUAAGGUCACCUAAAUGUAAAUCUCUGGAAGAGCGAACAUUCAAGAAUUUUAACUUUUAUCAAAAGCAUCAAGAUGACCUUACUCCUGCUUCCUUGGCAUUCUUCCAGUGUGAAUGGGAUAACAGUGUCACUCAAGUUUUCCAUGAUCUUCUUGGAAUGCCUGAACCAUCCUUUGAGUUCAUUUGGCCUGCAAAGUACAUCCCUGAACAAAAGAAAUGGCCACACAAAAAGCCCUUCAACAGAUAUUUGGAUAGAUACAAAGAUGUGAAAGAAAUCCAGGAAGAAGUGUUGAAAGAGAAACUAAAAAGGACCUCUCCUUUCAAGGGACCAACUCCACAGCCUAAAUAUCCUAACAUUUAUCGUAUCCCAAUGUCUAAGCCAAAAUGGCUACGGACAAAAAUAGAAAAAAUGCGUCUUGGAGAAGAACAAUGGAAAGAUUUAUAUCAAUGA